UCCGCAAAGUCUCAGUCGGCACACACAAAAGCUACAAAACUCAUCAAAAUUUCAGUUGAAAAAAUUGGUUAGUCCCAAAAAAAAAACAAUCUAGAAUCAAGCUCCUUCCAACAAGGGCCGUAAAAUGUGUUAAGUCCGUAAAGUAUACAUAUGUAUAUAUAAGUCCGUGUCGUACAAUCCUUAACGAUGUUUGGCAAAAGGAGGAGGGAGCGCGACCAGGAGCGGAACAACAAUAUGUACCACCGACUAUGUCAGACGCUGGCCGCAGAACAUCAGAAACUUAGGGACUUAGAGCUGCGUCGGGAGAAACUGAUGGAGGAGAUGCGCAUCCUACGCGCCCGCUUCAUGCAGGAGAACGCCCUUCUCCGGCGCUCCGUGCAGGGUAGUCCGAACUUGCAGGCCGUGCUUCACCCCCCGGUGGGACCAUCUACCUCCUCCGCCGCCUGCACUGGCGCCAGUGCGCGGUCGUUACCGCGCGCCGCCCUGCCAGGGCAUGGAGCGCGUUGCGGUAUCUCGGCCCCUAACCGCAUCCCCGUUCGUUCAGUGUACUUCGCCAACGUGAGUUCCACCAUCAGCAGCCCGAAAUCCAUUGUCACCAAACAGGUGGCUCCUAGGCAGAGUCCGAAGAAAGAGGAGCAGAAGGUGGAACAGAGGCAGGAUACCCCCGGCCGCAAGAGCGUGCGAUUCCCAAAGCGGGUGCCAACCCCGAGUUUGGGUCCGAGUUUAAAUACAAAAACCCGGAAGCAGUCGCAACGAGUGUAUUGCAACAGGCGGGGACAAAGAUCCCAAAAACUAUCAUAAAGCGAAUAACAGGCAAUAUCUCCAGAAGAUUGGCAGAAGAUAGGGGCACAGCUGAAAAAUGACCACGAUGGGCUGCUGGAGCUUGAUCAGCAGCCACACAGUUACUACGAUCUUGAUGGAGUCCGGGAUGUUGCACGGUUUCAUCAGUUGUCCUGAGUGGCAUGUGCUCAAAAGAGCAGCGACCUCUCCUGGUACACGUUUUCUCCAGCGGAUCGUAGAGUGCAAUAAUCGUGCAUCCACUUCCAAGCUAGUGCGACAAAAAUGGCAGCAGCGAGAUUCCCAGUCGGACAACAAGAAUUUAUAAUAGGCACGUAUUGCUCUGCACAACAUCUGAGGUUCCUCAUCAACAUUUUUUCGGCCCAAACAUAUAAACAAAGAAAAAACCAAACUCAAACUAUUUUUAAUCACUAAAGAGAAGUGAUAAAUAUCAA